AGCUCUGACACUGACAGCGGUGCAACUGUUGCACACAGCGGAUCUUAAGUGUUGCCCAACUCCUGGAGGUCUGCUGAUGUCAGGCUAGAAAAUGUUGUUCAGUCCGACGGAUUUCAGUGAAUGUUUACGCGAGUGGGAUGAUUUAGAGAAGGGCUACCAGCAAAUUCAGGACACCCAUCGUCUAUAUAAACAGAAACUUGAAGAAGUGGCCAAACUGCAGGACAGCUGCUCUGGUGCCAUCGCACGUCAGAGGAAGAGACUGAAAGAUCUCACUGCAUCGCUAGAGCAAUGCAAAAACAAACAUCCAACACCCAAGCUAAGUCCAGACGAUGUGGAUGCCAUCGCUGAAAUCGAAGACUCCAUCAGAGACAGAGCUAAUGCUUUCACCGAGAUGGAAGCUUUUCUACCAAAGAAGAACGGGUUAUACCUCACUCUUGUUUUAGGAAACGUCAACGUAACACUCCUCAACAAACAGUCCAAAUUUGCCUACAAAGACGAAUAUGAGAAAUUUAAGCUGGUCCUCACCGUCAUCCUCUUCGUGUUCUCCUUCACCUGUCGCUUUUUGUUCAGCUACAGAGCCCUUGAUGCCCUUUUCAACUUCCUGUUGGUGUGGUACUAUUGCACACUCACUAUCCGGGAGAGUAUCCUCAUCACCAACGGCUCAAGGAUCAAGGGUUGGUGGGUUUUCCAUCACUAUGUGUCAACCUUCCUGUCUGGAGUCAUGCUCACUUGGCCUGAAGGCGCUCUCUACCAGAUGUUUAGGAGCCAAUUCCUGACAUACUGUCUAUACCAAAUAGGCUUUGUCCAGUUUCUCCAGUACUACUACCAGAGCGGCUGUUUGUACAGACUCAGAGCGCUGGGAGAGAGACAUAACAUGGACCUUACAGUUGAGGGUUUCCAGUCCUGGAUGUGGAGAGGCCUGACCUUCCUCCUUCCUUUCCUGUUCUUUGGUCAUUUCUGGCAGCUUUACAACGGUAUAACACUCUUCAAGAUGUUCCAGCUCCCAGAGUGUAAAGAGUGGCAGGUUGUGAUGUGCGGCUGCUCUUACAUGGUGCUCUUCAUGGGAAACUUCUUCACCACGCUGGGAGUGGUUUACCAGAAAUACAUAAACAACCAGGACAAGUCCAAGACCUUAUAAAGACUGGAAUAAUGUGUUUAUGGAACAGUUACCAUAGCUCUAAUAUUCUCUUUAGAGCUCUCUGUCAAUGUUACUUUUGUUGUCCUUGUGGACCAUUUACAUGCACUGCUACUUUUAUCAACGUCCUUUUCAUCUCAAGUUCUUUUGAUUUCUUAUUUUUUGGUAAAUGAUGUGUGUUUAGGCCAAAGACAUUAAACACAGUGAUUGGCCAAAAAAAAACCCAAACAACUGUGGCAGGUUCUUACUAAGUAAUAGUGUGAGGUUGUUUCAGUAGGAUUGUCUGUUUUGGUCAGAGUUUUACAAUUCUGAUAAGGAAGUGUUACUGAAUAAACAUAUAAUGUUAUUUGCGUUAUAUUUAUUUAGGGAAAUCUACAGUUUGUUGCUCAGCAGCUGCUCCGUGUUUUAGCCUUUCAGAAAGUGCUCAAUAAAACACUCCUUCAAAUCCC